CAUACCAGCCGACGGCCGCUGUCAGGAUACAAGAAGUUAGCCGUGUGCUAGGAGUUGAUAGAGUCAAGGUACAGUUCUGGGACUGCUCGGGGAGCGCGCAGUACCAAUCCUACUGGCCAGUCCUAGCCAAGGAGCUGGACGGCCUCCUUCUGCUCGUCGACCCGUCGCGACCGGAGCAGGACAAGCAGGAGAGGGAGCUGGAGACCUUCUACCGCAACUUCGCAGAGCCGAACAACUUGUACACGCGGCAGUGCAUGGUCAUGGCGGUCCAAGUGCAGAAAGAUGGAGGGGGUCUGGGUGGCUGGCAGGGACUGCAAGGCGGCUUGAAGAAGCUCACGCAGUGCUAUGUGGCCAUCAACCCAAACAGCCCAGCGGCCGGUGUACAGGAGGCGUAUUCGCACUUGGACGUGCUUUUCCAGGGGGCGCUCCAAAGCAAGAAGGAGGCCCUGGAGAGCUCUUACAUGAACCAGGAGGACUCCUAAAUUUAGCGGACCAGCAGGAUGUGUGUUCGUGCUGCCACUUGUACAUAACUAGAGGAUUAGCCUAUAACUGCGAAGUAUCGUGCUAUGGGGUAUCAAUUGGUGAAACCCCGUGGAAGGGCAAGGGGUUAGCGGAUAUUAUUGUGAUUGGCAAGCUUAGAGUAAGUAAUUAAGCAACAACUUGUUUGCAAACCAUGGAUAAGAGGUCUAGUGUAGAGAAGUACUCGGCGCUUUGGGUUGGGGUCGCCAUGCAUGUGAUAUGGGCAAGGUAUGCAGGUGUAUUUCCUAGCAGCCUUCUGCCCAUCAGGCUCUCCUUUGUGUUACAGCACAUGGCUGUGUUAUGAGGCGCUUGCGACAACGUUGUCUCGCUUCGACAUGUCGCGAGGAGAAAAUAUGCAAGUGUUCGUCUCUGGAGGAUUUCUCGGGCUCCAACUGUAAGCAAUCCUAAUGUGUAUGAAUUCAGUUUCCAAUCUGGCAAAUCAGUUGGACAUUGAGGAGGGCAUUCUAGUGCUCCAGGGUGACACUUGGCUCUACCAUUAGGGGCCGAACUCACUUGCUUUCUUUCUCUUUCGCUUACGCGACGCCACUAAUUACACAGAAACAUGGCUGAUCGCGGUGGUGAGCGUGGCAGCUUCGGCCGUGGCUUUGGUGGGCGUGGCGACCGCGGCCGCGGCCGCGGUGCUCGCCGGGCUCGCGGCAAGAAGGAGGAUGAGGAGAAGUGGGUGCCCUGCACCAAGCUGGGCCGCCUUGUCCAGCAGGGCAAGAUCAAGUCGCUGGAGCAGAUCUACCUGUUCUCCAUGCCUGUGAAGGAGUACCAGAUUGUGGAGUACUUCCUGGGCUCUGCCCUGAAGGACGAGGUGAUGAAGAUCAUGCCCGUGCAGAAGCAGACCCGCGCCGGUCAGCGCACCCGCUUCAAGGCCUUCGUCGUUGUCGGCGACCACAACGGCCACAUCGGUCUGGGUGUCAAGUGCGCUAAGGAGGUGGCCACCGCCAUCCGCGGUGCCAUCAUCCAGGCCAAGAUGUCGUGCGUGCCCGUGCGCCGUGGCUACUGGGGUAACAAGAUCGGCAAGGUGCACACCGUGCCGACCAAGGUGACGGGCAAGUGCGGCUCGGUCACCAUUCGCCUGACCCCCGCUCCCCGUGGUGCCGGUAUCGUGGCUGCCCGCACCCCCAAGAAGGUGCUGCAGAUGGCCGGCAUUGAGGACUGCUACACCUGCUCUCGCGGCUCGACCAAGACCCUGGGCAACUUCGUGCGCGCCACCUUCAACGCCCUGUCGAAGACCUACGGCUUCCUGACCCCCGAGCUGUGGCGGGAGAGCAAGUACACCAAGGCGCCGUUCCAGGAGUUCACUGACUUCCUGGCCAAGCCCACCCUGGGCGAGGCCAAGGCUGAGGCCUAUGCCUACUAAGCGAACACCCUAGUAACGACCCCAUCAGACGACGGCACCUGCUGCCGUGUGCCCCAUCCAUCGUCACCCUAGAAGAGAACAUGCCUUGGUUGCGGUGUGCAAGGAAGGCUACAUGCUUUUGGGCUUCGGCCAUGUCCCUGUAACGACCCGCCUGGCAUUUU